AUGGUUCGGCCUCUCGGAACCACGUCCUUCUCCUUCGACUCGCGAGGACCCGUGGCCGCAGCUCCGGUCGCCUACGACUACGACCGACUCAACAACAUCGGUUUUCUUGAGACGUUCAUGCUCUAUGUCGCUUUCGCCGCGCUCCACUUCCUCGCCUUGGCAAUCUGCAGCUGCUGCUGCCGCCGACGCCCCCGCGACGAGCCCCCAACCGUUGCCAACUCCGCGCCCGCGUCCCAGCAUCAGACGGUCGACGAGAUCGCGAUCACCAUCUACGCUAAUGAUGGUACCGACGACGACGGCGGCGGAAACAACUCGGAGAGCUGCGCGAUAUGCCUGGAGGAUUUCGCGGCCGGUGAGGAGCUGCGCGUGCUGCCGCGGUGCAAGCACGCUUUCCACAAGGACUGCAUCGACCCGUGGCUGCUCGCCCGAUCGAAGAGCACCUGCCCGCUGUGUCGGGACCCCGUCGUCGUCACCCGACCGAUGUCCGACAGGGAUCUCGAUCGUGAUUCUGACGACAACACCGACAAUGGUUUUCCGACAGUCGACUCGCUGAUGAACUUCUACGGCUUAUACGGUGAUGACGAGAGCUUCGGCAUCGACGAUGAUAGUAUUAGCGUCUUCUUCUCGGAGAUAUGA